AGAGACGCAUUACUUAUCAUUCAUUGAAUUUGUUAACGUCUCAAGAGCAAAUAUAAUCAAGCGACCAAUCGGAGCAUUCAGAUAUCGCGCCUAUCUACAAAAAUAAUAGAUAUUUGGCUGUUGCCAUUGUUUCUGAUUACUUAUUGUUUCGAUAGGAGUUCUGUGCGUGCUAGAAGGAUUGAUAAGAGACUAGUGCGGCCACAGUAACUUUUGAUCCUCCGAGUAAGGAACAUCUCGUUGCGGAGGAACACAACAGAGCAGCAGUUAACUAAUUGAAUCAAUUGAACGAGUGCCGUCCGCUGGUGAUUGCGGGCCCCGAAGUACGUCGAUGUGACUGCCCUGUACGACGAUUCCAUAGUGCCUUAUUGUGUCUAAAGUGAUCAUGUGCAUCUUAGUGUGAUAUGAUGUGAUAUCGGUUUGGCAUAAGAAAUGAAAAUCAAAAUGAUAAGAUCUUUCUUCAUCUGGCUGGGGUUGGCGUUAAGUGUGUCAUGUAAGGAGUUGACAGACUUAGAAGCGCUAGCGUCAGCGCCCACGCGCUGCACUUACGAACACGCGUAUGACAUGCUCGGAGCCCACUGCGGAGGCCUGCGACUCACAAAAAUACCCUCGCUCAGAGGCGGCAUUGAGAUUCUCGACUUCAGUGACAACAAGUUGCAAGAAUUGCACGCCGAUACUCUGUCUUCGUACUCCAGCAUAAAAUUCCUGUAUUUGGCUGAAAAUCAAAUAUACAUGAUCGAUAAAGAUGCCUUCGCGUCACUUUCCUACCUUCAAACAUUAGAUUUAUCUAAGAAUGUUAUCCUAGCAUUGCCAGAUUCAAUAUUUCAGCUGCCGUCACUGAGAAAGUUAUAUUUAAGUGGUAAUCCAUUGCUUCACAUGAGCUUCAAAGAUCUGACUAUUACGAAGCCAAUCCAAGCACCUUUGGAACUACUAGACCUGUCAGAUUGUAAGAUAAAUAAGUUACCCGACUGGGGUAUUCUACCUAAUUUGGUCCUGUACAAUAUAUCACAUAAUCCUUUAACAACACUCGAACCUCAACACUUCAGUACCAUGUGCAAACUGGCUAAAGUCGAUUUAACUGAAUCUAUAGACAAUUUAAAGUUGUGCGAAUUAAAAGCGACCGUUAUUUGGUUUCAAGAGAAAAAUGUUUACUUCCACCUUAGCGAUUACAAUAGGUUAAAUACCAGAGAAUUCGACAACUGUCCAAAGCCAGAAAUAUCAGCGACGUUAAACGCAAGUUAUCAUCUCUGUGAAAAAGUUUAUACACAGGUACAAAAUGCAAAAACGUCUCGACGAACAUGGUUAACUAUAAGUGGAGGUCUGGCUGGGUUUCUGGUCGGCUUUGUGCUACUCCUUUACAUCAUGCAUCGACACAACGUCGCGCAAACAAAAAGAACAGCCAAAGAAAAGACUGCAGCCGCCGCUGGCGUCAAGAACGCGACCGCGGUUCUUCUUAAUGACGUCUCCUAAGGUCAAGGUGGUAGAAAAAGUGAUUCUACCUCUGGUAGAAGGAUAGGAGAUUUCACCUCCUUGCACUGUACUAGAUUAUAGACAUAAUUUAGAUAUUCAGAGCAUUCCUGAAUUUAUAAUUGAAUUAAAGAUUAAUAGCAAUAACGUGCGGUGAAUAUAAGAAAAUCGAGAGUGAUGUUGGACUACGAAAAUGUGAAACGUUAGUGGUUGUUCGAAUAUAACAAAUGAAAUGAAGAUUUUAGUAGUUGCUAUAAUAUUUAUUGGCACAGUCUACACACAACUACUGGGAAAAAAUUACGUAGAUAUUUACAAUCGUAAGUUUCAACUGUCAAAAAACCCGCUUAAAUACUGUUAUUUCUAUUUUUUAAGGAAAUGAGAGGGAUGAAAAUAUAUUUUGUUGAGGUGUUUUAAUAGUUGAAACUCGCGGUAAGAUGUAUAACAUUCUAACAAAAGAUUUUGUUAGAAUGUUAUGAUUUGUUUAGAAAGACUGUUUUUCUGCAGACGAAGUUCAACACAUUUUUAGUCGACUUCAAAAAGAAGGACGUUAUCAAAUCGUCUGUAUUUUUUUUUGGCAAUUUUUUUUUCGGAUAUUUGUUUUGAUGUUGCGAAGAAGCGGUUAAUUUUAUUGUAAGUAGGAUGCUAUAAAUGUGGCUUUAUGAUAUAAUUCCGACCUUCCAUUUUCGCUGUCGUAAAAUAUGUAAAAACAUAUUUACAGUGCAACCUUAAUAUAACGUACCUCAAUAUAACGACUUCCUCGAUUUAACAAAUUUUUCGUAAUCCCCUUGAAUUGUCCAUAAGAGUCAAUAUAAAAUAUACCUUUACAUUGCGAACAUUCUUUGCGUACAACCUCUUUAUAACGAAUUUUCAACUAUCAAGAAAAAGUAUUCAUACCUCUAAUUAACGAAUUUUGCCAACCCAAAACCUUUAUAUAAAGUUUCCACCAAUAAUUUAUCUCUUAAUCUUAUAAUGUGAUUCAUGUCUCGACAUGUUUCGACACGCUUUUGUUUGUACAGUAAUCAUUGUUGUUUUGAUGGAAAGUAAUGUAAACACCUCUGCUCGUCACUAUUGUUAAAGAUUUAAGUUAAAAUGGCUCAGAAACGUAAAAGGUGUUCCUUAUCGGUCGCAGAAAAGCGAAACAUCAUUAAUUAUGUUGACCAAAAUCCCAUGACGAAAAAAUUAGACAUAGCUAAUAAGUUCGGAAUUCCCGCAAGUGCAUUGGCUACAAUUUUAAAAUUUAAAGAUAAGUUUUCAGAAGAAAGUAGCUUGAAUGUAAACAGUAAAAGAUUAAAAUCAUGCGAGUUCAAAAACGUAGAGGAAUGUGUCUCUUUUACCUCUUUAUAACGAAUUUUAGACCAAUCUAACCUCAACAUAACAAACCUCAGUUCAACGAAUUACUUGAUAUUACGAAUAUUUUCUUGUUCCCCUCCGAUUUGUUAUAUCGAGGUUGCACUGUAUAACCUCUUUUCAAAGAGAAUGAAAGAGAUGACAAAAUGUUCAGGUUUUUUGUAUUUGAUACUGGACUCAAGUUUGUCAAGUUUUUCUGCAUUUAAAAUUGAUGGGAACAUUUUGUUUUGUUUGAAACUAAGCGGAAUU